GUCAUGAAAUACGUUAAUGUCACAUUAUUGUUUGAUUUUUGAAAGUUAAAAUAAACUUUGUUUUAUUAAUUCUAUGUUAGUAAUUGUCUUGUUAUGGUAAACCAACAGUUUAAUUAGAAUUUAGUUUGUGUAAAUAAAAACUUAUUACCGAAAUGUCAAGAUGACUUCUGAAAUUGAGGCCAUAAAAACAAAUGAAUUUCUACGACGACGAAAGCUGAGACUUCAACAGGUCCGAGAGCAGUCAAAAGACAUUGCUAAGAAAAUAAGACAGCGCGCCAAGGUUGAAAAGAUACGGCAAGUUAGUGAUUUAGAUGCUAAGAAACAGAAGGAAUAUUUUGAAUGUCAAGAUAAACUCGUGAAGCAGUUGCAGGUUUUGUAUACUAGAGGGGUAGAAAAUGUAGGUGCAGGCCAUCAAAGUGCAUCUGAAUUAACAAAGCAAGAUGAACUAACUAAGACUGAUGUAUCCAAGUUACGGGGCAAGGAGGCUGUAGCAAUAUUGAGGCGGAACAAACAAGAAAAACUAGAUCAACAGAAGAAACUCCUUGACAGAAAAUUACAAGCAAGGGAGGCUGCCAAUGAAAUAAGCCGCGAUAAGUCAUCUUUGGUAGCAAAUAAACUGCUAUCAAAAUUUUCAAAAGUUCAAGAUUGUAAUGACUUGCAUUCCAAGGCUGGGGACUCUUCAGAGCUUUUAAGCUCUAAGUAUGACAAUAAAGUUGCAGGAAAAACUGAUAAUGAGGCAGAACCAGUGAAAACUAGUGACAUGGCCACACAGUGGGACUUGGAGACAAUACCACAUGAAUGGGAGCCCGCUGUGCCAGAACUAUCAAUCCCUACAGACAAAGAUUCUCCCAAUGAUUUUGACGAUAAUGGGAAUAAAGCUGAGAAAAACAAAAGAUUAGAUUUGUUCGCCGUCAGCGAAGAGAUGCCUUCAAGUUUACGAGGCAAUAAUCUACUUGAUACAAGGGAAAGGGAGCCUGGUAGACCUUCGUUGACAAUUAUUUCAGAAUACCUUCAGAAUAGGAAAAUGCGCUUACGUGAAACAGAACCAAGUAACAUCAACAAGAAGCCUUCGGAUGAUAUGCAGAGCUUGAGGCAGACAAUACUACGCACCAGAACUACUAAGCCUGAAGGUAGCCAUUUUAAUGCAUGUCAAGUACUUGAUGAACAAAUUGUGCCAGUGCCUACAUGGCGAGCAGAAAGGCGUUGCCAAUUCUGUUCUCACAAGGUUCACUACACUACACCAGCACAAAGCAGCACAGUACAAAAACAAAGCAGGCAGUAUAAAUCUGUCACUACUUCCCGAAUUAACCAGAUUUUUACUUCCAUAAAUCCAAUGCAGCAGGCGGAUAUUGUGCCAAGUCCUGUGUUGAGACAUACAAGCCCGUUUAGGAGGCGUAGAACUGGUCCCGGAAUUUGUUCCAACAAAGGGGCUUGUUCUAGCGACAAGAUGAAGACAUCUCAAGAAGCUUGUGGCCUGCAGAGGAAGAGCUCUGUCGUGAUGUAUAACCACUCCACCAGAGAUACUCGGGACCUGCCUUAUGGCGACGAUAAACUUGUAGUAAGAGACUUGCAAGCUGCAGAAGAUGCAUACUCGCAAGCUAUGAAGGAGGCCGCCGUCGACGCUAAAAGUAAAGAACAAAAUAAGAAGCAACAGGAGCUAAGGAAUAAGGUUGCAGUAACUAAACAAAACGUCGAAAAAGAAUAUAAAGACACCAUGAACUUCUUAAAUUCUUUGCCAAAAGAUAAGCAGAGUAAACCUAUUAAAAAUGCGUACAUGGACGAACAUAGGCAGCAAAUGCAGUAUGAAACUCGCCAGCUAAGGAUGCAACAGGAAUACAAGAAAAUACAGAAAGAAUGUAAGAAGCAUCAUUGUCAGAAAAACAGAAAUCUAUCAAAGUCGCCUGUGGGCCGCGAUUUGGAUGUAAACUAUGCUAACAGAGACUUUCAAUACUCUUGGAUGCCUGUACCCGAGAGUGACGGCAACCUCGCCAUUCAUGCAAUACCUAACUCUGUAAAAUCAGCCAAACAAGGAAACAGUGUCAAGUUUAGCACAAUGGACAGCUACCAUGAAUAUAGAUCUAGACACAAGCAUACCCCUCCAACCAAAGACACCAACCAGGACAGUGCUCCCAAGAAAUCUGUAAUAGAAAGGGAAGACUCGGAAUAUUCUGAUAGCUCUUCCAUUAGCUCAGAUACAAGUUCAGUAGAGAAUUUGAAAAUUGGACCCAAAAAGAGACGUAAAAAUGCUAAAGAGAUCAACAAGGACCUAUCGGAUGCCGAAAGGAUCAUAAUUUACAAAGUACUCGAUUCAAAAUCUGAUAAGAAAACAAAAAGACAGACAAAGCUUUUGAACGAAAUUGCAAAAUCAUUGUCAUGUAUUGGGAAGACACAGAAGAUCUGUGAUGAUGAGAGCCAGCAAUACAAGAAGGUUGUUAGUGCGGAGGGACCAAGCAAGAGUAUUGAAAAUGGCAUUUCAUUGGAACAACUUCAUGAAGGAGUGUACAAAAUGGUAGAGGAACAAGGGGAUAAUAUAGCCUCAAUGUACUUCAACGACGAUCAAGAAAGCAACAAGGUGCCUGAAACCCAAUCGAAAACGGAAAACAUAGUCAAUGAACCAUGCUGCUGUAGGAGCACUAAUAAACCACUACAAACAGAUAAAGUCACCCCUCAUUUUGAUAGCGGCGAUUCUCAUGAGCCAAGACAAAAAAGUAACGAGAAUAGAGAUCUAUCUCCUGGACUUACAAAGAAACAGCCGAACAAACCUUCCUCAAUAUCAACGUGCUCCUACAAUACUGCCAUGAACGAUAAAGCCAAUACAUCCGAAGGUGGGUAUAUAAAAUUAAUCGACGAAACUGGCCAGGACGCCGGAAAGGUCUUUAUAGGUCCUUCAGGGUUUCUUAAUAACAAUGCCUACGAAGUAGUCAUACAACUUCGAAAGAAAGAUGGAACCAUUGAAGAGAAAAUAUUAGAUAAAGACGCAUUUUUUGCAAACAAACAGGCUGCGAGUGAGACUAAUAGUACAAGUGAGGGAAAGAAUAUUUCCAAUAAAUCAAAUACGGACGUAAAAGAUCCUCAGCCAGCUUCUAGUGAGAUCACACACGAUGAUUGUGAUUAUAGAAGUGCAGCCAACGAACAUUCCACUGCAGUGCUCCUUCAACCUGCUGUUUCAAGCAAAACUGUCUUGUCUGAGAAAUCUCAAGCUCCAACUGAUAAGACCGAACCACUCCACCAUGGAACAAAUACUGACGCAGAUGAGGAAAUAUUUCUUAUACAGUCAGAUACAAACAAAAAUAUGUGUGACAAAGGUGUUCAUACACAAUCAACCGAUGACGUGAAACAAGAUGGCAUGUCCAGGCCCGCCACAAGCACGUACACUCAAACAAGCCUAAGCUCUCCCCUCCAUAGACCUAUGUACUAUCACAUGAGCUCUUCGACUUCCACGGCUUACUUAAGUCCCCCAGAACUUAUUCUACCAAAGUUUCUUAAACCAGACUGCAUAAUAUCAGAAGAUGAACCAUUGCAUACCAUUGAACUAACUGCGAAAGAGUAUUGCGAAGAAUAUACUGACUGUACAUGCAAGAAAUGCAUGCAAGCUAGAAACAUAAUAGUACGCAAAAUUUCUGUAAAGCCCACCCAUGAAAUAAAGACCAAAUAUGAAAACAAAAAUAUUAUGACCCCUCCUAAUUCUACAAUAACAGUUCCUGAAAUUAGGCGUGAAAAUGUUGAAAUUCCAAAAAAGAAGAAACCUUGCAGAAGUUCAUCAACUGAAAGAUCAAAAUGUUCACAUAAAACUCGAACCCACGUCGAUCCUGUUAAGAGACACUGUCACAGGAAUAAAAGGAAAACUUCUGUUGAAAGUGUUCGCUCGAUCACGACUCGAACCUCGACUGCACGCACUGGCAUGACCUCGAGUUCAAAACAUAGAUAUAAUCCUAUAAGUACUAGUAGGGACAAAAAAUCUGAAAAAUCCAAUUUGAAUCCAAUAAUUAGAGACUACGUGAACAAAUUACUAGCUCUCAAUAGAGAUGGCUUGAAAGCUGUCGAAGUCGCAGAUCAAGAAUGUAGCUCGGUGGGUACUCCUGCCAGCUCCAUAAUUAAUGUACCAUAUAAUAUAGAUAAAAGAAAAACUUCAUUACUGCAUACGAUUUCAUUAGAACAAAUAAAAACGUUAUUAAAAAAGCAAAUCGUGCAAGAAGAAUUUACCAAAAAUUUCAAACAUAUGCAACAUUCGUUCGUUUAUUCUGUUGCCAAUAACAAGAAUAGUAUGAAAAGCUUGUCUCGGUCUGUCCGCAGAAAGCCUGUACACAAAGUUAAAUCUUUAAAUAUUUCAAGAAACUUGGUUAAGCGUAGACCUACUGAAGGAAAAUCUAGUAAACCUGUUUUGCAGCCACCCACUGACAGGAAUUUAAAAAGCCGAGUAGAUUUUCAUUCGCCUAAAAAAGUGCGUAGUAAAAGCUCCCCAACACCUAGACAUGUGGCUAAUUCGGAGCCAAUAUCUAGAUGUAAUGAUUCUGAAUCCGCUACUAAAAAUUCUACUGGAACAGAAAAGUCCGAUGAUAAUUGUAACAAGAAAGCCAUAAAUAACAAAUGUGUGCGCCAACAUAUUAAAAAGUUGCCUUCUCAUAGAGCUACUUUAACUGAUUCGACAGUAGACUCCAUUUCCGAAUCAACGGUAGACUUUCAACAUUAUCCUAACUCUGCAGACAUUCCUGUAAGUAUGUCCACUCAGACUACAAACAUUGAAUUAAACACAGAUAGUAACCUAAUGAAAUUGGCAGAAGACAAAUUACAUAAUAUGGAGAAAAUUGCCGAUUUGACUGAGAAAUGUACAAAAAGAUUAUCAGAUCUUGCUAGGGUUCUCCAGGAGGUGCGAAAAAACAAGUCUUUGGUGUACAGCCAAAUUUCAUCUGCUGAAUCAACUGACUCUCAACCUGACCAUAAAUCAGAGAAGUCGACAGUAAGCCCCAUUAUUUUUGAUUCCAAUGAUAUUGCAAAAGGAGAAGAAAUUCAAUCACCUGAUGGAAUAAAUGAUCCUGUGGAGGAAAAAGAAAAAGACAUAGGAAACGAUAUACCAUCACCAGAAUAUAUGACAAUUUUGUCAGAUAUUCCUAAACCGGACAAAGCGCAAGAAUCAAAACACGUUACAAAAUUUACCGAAGCUACCGAAGCAUUCGAUUCAGCAUUACAUAUUUUGUCUACUAAUUCCUCAGAACUGUCGGUUAAGAACAGGCCGAAACCACCCCCAGCUUUAUCUCGCCUUAGUUUCAAACAUGGACAAGACUUUGUUAUUCCACAUGAACUUUCAACUGUUAUAGAAGUGGACUCUCCUAUGAGUGUGAAGCACAAAACUCAUUCUGCUCGCAAUAAUGAUAAAGAAACCUCCAACAAUAAUUCAAACAGGUCAUCUGUUGGGGACAUUACUGCUGUAGAAGAUCACAGAAAAAAUAGAUCUAAAAGAGGAUCCAUAAUGAAUCCUGAUCUGCUCCAAACCAAUUCUCAGUUAUCUAACAAAUAUAAAUUGUCAUCAGCCGAAUCUUCUGAUGAAUCAAAAUUUCAAAUGAUUGAUCUUAAACAAUUUAAUGAGAUAAUGUUAGAGCCAUUUAUAAGUAUUCAAGAAUAUGCAAAACAAUAUAACAUGAAACCACCAGAUGAAGGGUCUAAUCUGGAAGAAAUACAUAGAGAAGAUCCUGUUAAUGACGACAUAAGUUCAUUACAUUCCGAUGGUAGCUUACCCGAUGUAAUUGCCGAGUUGCUGAAGCGAAAUGUCAUCACUGAACCAUUUAAAUUUGACACAGCUUCAAAUGUUAACUCUACUACUAUUUCCUCAGAGUCUACUUUAUCCAUGUUAGCUUUAUCAAAAGCACGCAGAAGUAGAAAAAAGCCUAGUGUCAUUUCCAAAAAUAAAGAAAAUAUUGGCGAAACAUCUGAUACUUUAAGUAUUUCUUCAAAUCCUGAUCUAGAAAAUGCUUUUAAGAAGCUUGGUAUGGGCUGGGCAUCAUCCACUUUGAAAAAGACAAAAGAGCGAUUAGCUUUAUCAUCCUCGUCUAACACAUCAAGCUCUAGUUUAUCACAAUUUAAAAUGAAAAGUUUCAAUCAAGACAUACCAGUUCUGGUUACAGAUUCGGUUUCAUCAGUAGUAAAUGUGUCCAAAGGGGUACAGAACAUGAGUGCAGUUGAUUAUUCUAAAAACGCCGAGCAACAAACUACAUUGUCUAAUUCAAUGACUGUUAAAGAAUUUUUAAGGAAGGAAUUAGCGAAGAAAAUUACUUUUACAAAUAAAUCUAAUGUUAAUGGUUCUCAAGAAUUUGUUUCGUUAUUUGAGACGAAAAUGCCUGAGGAAAUGAAAGAAAAUUCUCAAGUGAAUCGUGACGAGCACUCAAUGGACAGUGCACCCAGUGGCGCUAAUAGAGCGCGGACAUCUACCCCUGUGCAGUUGUUCAAAUCCAUGACCUACCACUCGAGCUCCAGCUCUAAUGUAUCCAAUGGUUUAUUUAGUAAUGUUGAUGAUUUAUCUUCUGUCAAAAUGACGUCAAAUUCCAUGAAAAAUCAUUCCACAUCCGAUAAGGAUGAUUUGACCAUUCCUAACUUUAGUCUGAGAUUAAAAAAGAGUUCAGACUGUAGUAAAAGUGAUUAA